GGAGCCGGAACGGGUGCGGGUCCGCGGGCUGGGGCCGCGGGGGGACGCGCUGCCCGGGCCCCCGCGUGUCAUCCCCGGCCCCAGAAACCAGUGUCCUGGGCAGCUCACCGCUGGUGGGGAGUGGGUAGAACCGCUUCACUUACCCCAGACCCGCUAUUUCUUGUGUUCAGCAGCAGCAAGAAGUGACCCGUUGCUGCUGGGGAGAGCCCUCCCGAGUCCCUGCCCUCUCCUUCCUUCUCAGAGACCUCAGAAUUACAGCUGCCACAGCCCCACCAGCUCUUGUUACGGCCUUCUUGCGCUUCCUGCUGCUUUGACAGGUUCCACUUCCCCAUCCCCACUCAAGCCAGUUGCUUAGCUAGCUGCUGGGAAGCAGCAGUUAAGCUUUUAUCUAUUAAGCUUCUAUUUAUUAAGUGUGCAGUUAGCUCUCCAAGCAGACAGGGCCUCCUAGUUCCUCCUUUGGCUGCUCGUUCCUGCGUUGUCUGCAGGAGUGAAAGUUACAAAAACUCGACUUUCUGGGCCUGUUGCAAAGAAAGGCCUCUGGAAAUAUAAUGAAACAAUUCACACCUGAGGGACUAUAGGAAAGUACCACAGCAGGGGAAGCAGCUCCCCGCGAUGUUAACAAGAUUUUUGAAGGAGCCUUGCAGCUCUUGGAACAAAAGGAAGAUGAGAUUGCUGUGUGGUUUGAACUGUUUGACUUGUGAGUGAAGCAUGAGGCUGAAGCCUCAGUGGAUCUCUAGAUGAGAGAAUAUGAUGGUGAUUGUUGGCAGCUAAGGCAGAGAGCUCUGAGAAGGGCUGGACUAAACGCUGCUGUGAAGACCACAAAACUAAUGUUCUAUAUCGUCAGGUCCAUCAGAGAAAGCAAUUAGUGCCUCUGCUUGGAAGAUAAGCAGAAUUUAACUGCACUUUAGGCCUUCACUCCUGAUGGACUGGAUUUUGUCGCGCCAGAAGUUUUUGACUAUUCACACACUGAAAGAAGAAAAGAGCCAAUGGCUUCAGAAUCCAUGGUUCCAGAGCAGGCAAAACAACAUCUGGUAAAGGGAAAAAGGCGGCAGCCACAGCAGCAGCAGCCCAGGUCUUCCAACAGUGAUGGUGAAGAUGACAGCUUUGUAUUUGAAGCAAAUGAGGCUUGGAAGGAUUUUCAUAGCUCUCUUCUUCGCUUCUUUGAAGCUGGAGAGCUCUGUGAUGUUACACUGAAGGUUGGUUCGAAGCUUAUCUCCUGCCACAAACUGGUGCUGGCCUGUGUCAUCCCUUACUUCAGAGCCAUGUUUCUGUCAGAGAUGGCUGAAGCCAAGCAGACCUUGAUCGAGAUCAGGGACUUCGACGGCGACGCGAUCGAGGACCUGGUGAAGUUCGUGUACUCCUCCCGCCUCACUCUGACGGUGGACAACGUCCAGCCUCUCCUGUAUGCUGCUUGCAUUCUCCAGGUGGAACUGGUGGCCAAGGCGUGCUGUGAAUACAUGAAGCUGCACUUCCAUCCCUCCAACUGCCUGGCAGUCAGGGCGUUUGCAGAGAGCCACAACCGCAUCGACCUGAUGGCCAUGGCUGACCAGUACGCCUGCGAACACUUCGCCGAGGUGGUGGAGUGUGAGGACUUUGUCAGCGUGUCCCCCCAGCACCUCCAUAAGCUCCUGUCCUCCAGCGACCUGAAUAUUGAGAACGAAAAGCAAGUUUACAACGCUGCCAUCAAGUGGCUGCUGGCCAACCCGCAGCAUCACGCCACGUGGCUGUAUGAAAUACUGGCACAGGUACGGCUGCCUCUCUUGCCCAUUUGUUUCCUAAUGGGUGUUGUGGCCAAGGAAGAAAUUGUCAAGCAGAAUCUAAAAUGUAGGGAUUUGCUGGAUGAAGCAAGAAACUACCACCUUCACCUGAGCAGCAGGGCAGUGCCAGACUUUGAGUACUCCAUUCGCACAACACCAAGGAAGCAGACUGCUGGUGUGCUGUUCUGUGUGGGUGGCAGAGGUGGAUCUGGGGACCCGUUUCGCAGCAUUGAAUGUUACUCUGUCAGUAAGAACAACUGGUUCUUUGGCCCUGAAAUGAACAGCAGGAGAAGGCACGUGGGGGUGAUCUCUGUGGGAGGUAAAGUCUAUGCAGUAGGUGGACAUGAUGGAAAUGAACACUUGGGAAGCAUGGAAGUAUUUGAUCCUCUCACAAACAAGUGGAUGAUGAAGGCAUCGAUGAACACAAAGAGGAGAGGAAUUGCUCUGGCCUCCCUGGGUGGCCCCAUUUAUGCCAUUGGGGGGCUGGAUGACAACACCUGCUUCAGCGACGUGGAACGAUACGACAUCGACUCUGACCGGUGGAGCACGGUGGCCCCUAUGAACACUCCCAGGGGAGGAGUUGGCUCUGUAGCCCUCAUGAGCCAUGUCUAUGCUGUGGGUGGCAAUGAUGGGGUAGCAUCUCUUUCCAGUGUGGAGAAAUAUGAUCCCCAUCUGGAUAAGUGGAUGGAAGUGAAGGAGAUGGGUCAGAGAAGAGCUGGCAACGGGGUCAGCGAGCUCCAUGGCUGCUUGUAUGUUGUGGGUGGCUUUGAUGACAACUCUCCUCUGAGCUCAGUGGAGAGGUUUGACCCCCGCAGUAACAAGUGGGAGUACGUGGCAGAGCUGACCACUCCCAGGGGUGGUGUGGGCAUAGCCACCCUGAUGGGGAAGAUCUUUGCAGUUGGAGGCCAUAAUGGCAAUGCCUACCUGAACACUGUGGAAGCCUUCGACCCCCUGGUCAAUAGGUGGGAGCUGGUGGGCUCCGUGUCGCACUGCAGGGCAGGGGCAGGUGUGGCUGUCUGCUCGUGUCUCAGCAGCCAGAUCCGGGACGUGGGACAAGGAUCCAGCAACGUUGUGGACUGCAUGUGAGCUCUGCUGCCUCCUCCGAAUCCCUGGGGAAUGACAGUGAGGAGGCACCGCGGAGCUUCUACACACCGUGUUUUGUGUGGUCUGGUCAGAAAUAAAGCCAGGACGUUUUCUUCCUGCAAAUGCUACCUGCUGCAACUGCAGAACUUGUGGUGGCUUUUCUGUCAAAAAGGAUAGAGGGAAGCCUGUGAAUACAUGGAAGAAAAAGUCUGACUCAGAGGAGGAAACCUACCAAGAGCUGCAGUAAUCCCAUUUUUGAGAAGCUGCAAUUGUACAAUCCUUUGAGGCAGCUGUUGCAGGGAUGCAUGACUGAGCUGUGACCCAGGCAUGAGGUGAGGAGAGAGACCAGCUGGUACUGAUGAGCCUCACUCAAGGACCCUGCUACGUUUUUUGCAAGACUCUGGUGCCAUUUAAUGUGACUUAUUUCCAGGAAUGUAUCCUUAAACAUUUCCUAAUUGUACAAGAGCUGUGUAACACAAGGUUUUAGAAGGUAACAACAUCCCUGUUGCACACCAAGGUAACAGGGAAGUGUCACUGCCUACCUCCCAAGGGACUGCUGGCAGCAGUGGGAAUUGCAGGUACUCAGGCUGAAACAUGUCUUUCAAAGUACUUCCUCAAGCUAAGCCACUAGUAAGAAAGCAGCAAAGAUUCUUGACCCAAGUUUAGCCACUGGAACACCCAAGUCUUCAUUACAAGUUGUAUUAACCAGCUGUCCUCAAAUUUAUGUUAAGAGGACAUUUCUGAAGCAACAAGAGUAAGUUCUUCUGGGAAAUGAAGGCUUCCCUGGUGUCUGAAUCACCAUUUUUACAUCACAUGGAAACAAACCAGCAGUGUUAGAAAGGCCUUGAAACACAACACAAGGAGAGGAGCUGCCCUGUGUCAGUACCCAGCAGCAACUCUGUGCUAAUUCUACAGGUACUGCCUCUUUUAAGAUACUUAGAUCACAAACAGGCAGAUUAAAGCUUACAUAAACCAAAGAGAAUGAGCAACAAAAAGAAUCAGAAAUAAACCAGUACUUAUAUCAAAACCUGACUUAGAAGCUCAACAGCAGUUUGUACAAAGGCAUCUUGUUAGAAACCCUGAAUUUCAAGUGGAGCCCAGCAGGAAAGGCUGCUGAUUCCUGCUCCUUCACCACCCUGAACAGGCCAACAACUCACAAUCCUUCAUGACCAAAGUUUCACCUCACCAGGUUGUUCCAGGGAGAGCAGCAAACUUCUCUGCACUCAGCUCCAGGGAAGAGGCAGGACAAGCACAGGGCACAGCCACCUUGUGUUGUCAAGUUCCCAUCCUUGAGCUCUUCCUUCUCCCAUGGCUUGCACUCAGGUAGCACCCAGGGACAAAGUGAAUGGUACUGAGAAUCAUGGAACACUGCAAUAAAACAUUUGUACUUCA